GGCUGCUCGGUCGAACUCGAGUGUUGCCGAGGAAGGAAUCGCAAGGGACGAUGUCAGUUCGCUAGAAUAGCUCAUGGUAAGCCAAACAUGGCUCAUAUAACUCAGUUUUGAUACAGUUCAAUAGAAACGUAUUUGUACAUUUCAUACCGUUGUGUUCGUGUGCCGGGGUUCCCACAUGAGGGGGUAUUUUCCCUCGGUUCUCGUGAAGCUCACUUGGAAGCACAUUAUUAGCUGUGUUGCUAUCACGAAUGUGCAUUUCCACGGCGAAGCCGGAACAAAAGUCCAUUCUUUCCCACCGAACCGCUCGUAUUCUAAGCUCUAAGCCCUAGGUUUGUGCUAACGGCGUUUUUCUUCAGGAUAGGUGUUCCCAAGUGUAUUUUCCCCAGUUUAUUUGCAGAACCAGCAUGACAUGCCAAUUAUGCCAUGAACAUGGACAAGUAUGAAAGGGUGAAGAAAAUUGGGGAAGGCUCAUUUGGAAAGGCUGUCCUUGUCCAAGCCAAGAAGGAUGGACACCAAUAUGUCAUCAAGGAGGUCAGCAUAUCUGGGAUGUCCGACAAAGAGAGACAAGAAUCCCGGAAAGAAGUUGCAGUUCUUGCAAACAUGAGUCAUCCCAACAUUGUCCAAUAUAAGGAGUCUUUUGAAGAGGGCGGGUGUCUGUAUAUUGUUAUGGACUACUGUGAGGGUGGAGACCUCUUUAAGAAGAUCAACUCUCAGAGAGGAACGCUUUUCUCGGAGGAGCAAAUCCUGGAUUGGUUUGUGCAGAUUUGCUUGGCACUAAAGCACAUCCAUGAUAGAAAAAUCCUUCACAGGGACAUCAAAUCACAGAACAUAUUUUUGACAAAAGAUGGGACUGUGCAACUUGGUGACUUUGGGAUUGCAAGGGUGCUUAACAGCACGGUAGAACUUGCAAGAACAUGCAUUGGAACCCCUUAUUACCUUUCGCCGGAGAUCUGUGAAAAUAAACCGUACAACAACAAAAGUGAUAUUUGGGCUCUGGGCUGUGUCUUAUAUGAAAUGUGCACCCUUAAGCAUGCAUUUGAGGCUGGAAAUAUGAAGAACCUCGUUCUGAAGAUCAUCCGUGGCUCAUAUCAUCCUGUGUCUGUUCACUACUCCCAAGAGCUGCGUUCUCUUUUGGGACAACUUUUUAAACACAACCCCAGAGAAAGACCAUCAGUCAGCAGUGUACUGGACAAACCUUUCCUUUCUUUCAGGAUCCAAAGGUUCCUCAAACCACAGGUGAUUGCUCAGGAAUUCCACCAAAGUUUUAUUCACAAGCAGCAUAAAGUGGGUGCGCAUCAGGGGUCAACAGCUAAGCGUCCUGCCCAUGGUUCCAUACCAUAUUCUGCAGCCAAGAUUACCACACCAGCAUGCAAAUACGGAGUGCCUUUAACUGCGAGGAAGUUGUCUGUAACAAAAAAACCUGCAGACAGGAAGCCUGCUAUGAAACACAAAGCGGCUCCUUCGUCCAUCCACAGAAGAGUAAGUCAAGGGGAGGAAGAUAGGCGAAAACAGGAGGUUAUCAAAAAAAGAAGGAUGGAGCUGAUUGAUAAAGAAAAGCAACACAGAGAGCAGAUUAGUCGCAUUAACCAUGCCAGGGAGCAAGGCUGGAAAAAUGUCUUGAUAUCAAGUACUGGAAGCCCAGAGAGGAAGUGUUAUUUAGGUGGUGGAAAGAUGGCUGCAGCUGUUGGCCCUUGCCCUGUCCCAAGCUCCACUCCGGCCUCUGAAUUGAGCAGAAAUCCUUAUGAAAAAUACCAUGCUGCUCUUGACCAAAUGGCUAAACAACAAUCAAAUAAGAUGGGAAUCAGCAGGGAGGGAUCAGCUGGACCAGGCAGUCCCAUUCGUAACGUGCCAGCCGCUGCUGGGCCAGUGCAUCCAAAUGGUCCUGCCCCACUCCUAAACCCAGAUGCAGUGAAAAGAGAACUACAGAGAUUGCAGCACCUUUCCAAACAGCCCCAUAUGAGCAGGCAGAAGACUCGCAUACCUGUUGAGCGGGCGUAUCAGGUUGAGGAGUUUUUACAGCGUAAAAGAGAAGCCAUGCGUAACAAAGUACGGGCCGAAGGACAGUUGGGUAAUCGGCAAAACCGGGCAGCAAUCUAUGGAGGCCAAGUUGGUUCAGCUCGCUUUACAAGCAAAGUCAACAAAGAGGAGGAGGAAUACUUAACAAGACUCAGGCAGAUUCGCUUGCAGAAUUUCAAUGAGCGCCAGCAGAUCAAAGCCAGACUGAGAGGAGAAAAGUGUGAUAGUGAUGGUUCAGACAGUCAGGAGUCAACUGAGGAGGCUGAAUUCAGGAGAAAAAAGAUAGAGGCUUUUAAAGCCCAAGCUAAUGCACGUGCUGCUGUGCUGAAAGAGCAACUCGAGAAGAAGCGACGAGAGGCUAAUGAAAGAGAAAAGAAGGCAUGGGAUGACCAUAUUGCAGCUCGGGAAGAGAGGAUGUGCGUGGCAGCCGUAUCAGCGACCUCUCAACCCACAUCUGUCAAAACGUCAGCCUUGCCAGAAUCUCAACCCCCAACUCCUGUUAUAUCCAUGACUCUUGCCCUGAAGAAUGUUGGAGCAAUUACUCCGUUAAAAGAGAACCUGCCUGGCACAGAGGCUGUCGUAGUCAUUCAGAGUGAGAAGAAGCAGAUCUUGAACAGACUGAAUCAGGAUCUAAAAGCUCAGAGCCCUGUGAAUGUAGUCUUGGAGCCGACACCCACUUCCCCCAAAGAGCAAAAAUCUGCAUCCCUACAGAUAUUGCCUGACACAGACAAGCUUCCUUCCAUUGAAGAACGAAACAAGCGGGAUCCAGUAGAACUCCCUGUACUUCAUACCUCGCAGCCGACCUUGGAGGAGUUCAAUGUGACUGCUUCCACUGGUUUAGUUUCUCCAGGAGAUCGUCGUCCUUCUGGUGGAGACAGGAAAAAAUGGGAGGAUGCACUUCCAUUUGUUCUUUCUGUAGCCCAGGAAACUCUAGAGGAGACAUGCAUCCCAACAAUAGAACCAACAGCGGGUGAGGUGAUCCAGACGUGUGUGCUACAGGGUGAAGGUCAAAGGAAGAUGUGGGGAGUGAGUCCGGACUGUCAGAUACUGAAAGUACUCCACGAGGCAGCGGUUCAGCCGCUCACCCAACUUUCGGAGACAGUCACCAUCUGCGGAGAGGUUUUCCCUAGCCCGGAUAAGCCAAACCAGAUUGUCACACAGCAUGCAAUGAGUACACCUGAAGAGGACAAGACCUCCAAGGAUCGGACCGCUUCCAUUGUUGAGCUUGAGGUACAGACAGAAGAUGUUGCUCCAACAAAGGCCUCGCAUCCAGAAAAUGCUUGUGAAAAGGCAGGCCACACGCUGGCAUCAAGUGUUGCUGAGUUGCAGGAUCCAGAAGAUGUGGAAUCAUUGAUUUUGGAAGACGUUCCUAAAGCGUCGCACUCUUCAGUGAGCCUGCAUCGCGCAUGGGAAAAGCAAGACCAACAGCCAAUGCUACCUGAGGUCAAUACAAACCAAGGAGCAUCAGCGGGGAAGGAGGUUUUAUCACAGGGCGAAGAGCCCCUGUUUAUGAAGUUGUGCACUCCAGCUCACAAACGCACAUCUGCUCUUGCCCUGCUCUCGGCUCAGUCUUCGGUGGAUGAAUCUUCUUCUUCUCUCGCCUCUCGCUCACGCUCAGUUUCACCUCUACGCUCCAAGCAGCACAAUUCUCUCCUUAUUGGACUCUCAACAGGCCUGUUUGAUGCCAACAAUCCUAAGAUGUUGCGGACAUGCUCCCUUCCGGACCUCAGUCGAGUCUUCAGCUCUGAGCAGGACUCCGUCAUUCCCACUGAAGACAACGUAGCUUCAGACGGCAACCUGGAGAAUGAGGACCAGAACGAAGCCAAAGAUGAUGACCAGUCAGAGGCAGAGGAUGCAUAUGAGGAUGAAGACCUGCGGGACAUCAGAGCAUCCAUGGAGCGACUGCUGCAAGAAGAAAGUGACUUAAUGAGGAACCGACCACAUGAUGGAAGAGGCGACUUUCAUGGAAAUUCUACAGCUGGAGAUGACAAAGACCUUUUCAACGGGAUUAUCGUAGAACUUGAGCAGGACAACAGUCAGAUGGCUGUAGGUGGCGGUGAUGAUGAUGAUGAUGACGACGACGACGACAAUGAGGAAGAUGAAGAGGAUGAGGAAUGCUCGAAUGGGAGUCCCGCCGAUGAGGAAGCAGGAGAGCUGCUCAGCAAUGGUGUGGGAGAAGAGAGCCACGUUAAUAAAAGUCAUUUGAAUGAAGAAUGGCAGUCAGAUAACAGUGAGGAGGACCAGGAGGGAGAGACUGAGGUUUAUGACAGCAUCUACAGUCGCUUGGAGGAGCAUCGCUUUAACUUGGAGCAGCAGAUGGGCUUUGAGAAGUUCAUUGAAGCCUACAAUAAAAUAAAGGCAAUACGUGAUGAUGACGACGAUAAUAUUGACCUUGGCUCCGGUUUGGCAUUCAGCAUUUUGGGAACUGAGCACCAGCAUCUGUAUCCAAACAUCCUUCAUCUUGUGAUGGCAGAUGGCGUAUACCAAGAAGCGGUGCCAAGAGAUACGAGUGACUAGACUUACAAGUUUUCGAUGGGCCUACCCCGCCUCCAGCACACCCGCGACCCGAGUGACGAGAAGCGGCACAGAAAACGGGUGGCUGGAAAUGAGUCAAAACACUAUUAUAACGAAAUAAACAUGACAACAGUUUAUUGCUCAUUAACUUUUAACUGAGGAGGAGAAAGGGGAGACGACAGCUCCUCAUUGAAGAAGAGUUUUCUUCCAUAAUAACAUGCGGAAAUUAUGAUUCAGAUGUUUUUUUCCUUUUGUGUUUCUUUCUAAUUUCAUUGGUUGAUUUUUGGCAAAACAAACCACUCCAGGGAAACUUGUUUGGGUUUUUUUCCGUGCAGAAAAAAAAAAAAAUAAAAAUCUGCAAGUGGGAUGUCACAUUGUCAUUUAAAAUAUGAAUUGCUUUGUUGGCCAAUUUGCUGCACGUAUUUUUUCGAGUAUAUUGAUUUUUUUUUUUUUCUUUUUGUCCCUCGCUCACGCUAUCACCGGCAAGUGCUUUCUGAAUUUUUUGGUCAGCCUGAUAAAGCGCAAAAAAAAAAAAACUAACUAAGAUACAGUGACUACCUUUUGCAUUGCGUGACACACGGUCAAUGAUGGCUGCACAGCACAGAUCUUUCCACUCACCUAACACCAAACAAAGCAACUUUAUUGAUACAGCGCAUUUCAUACACAAGGUAACUCAACGUGCUUUUCAUGAUGAAAAGAAAAAAAAAAACAGCUUCUAAACAUUUAAAACAAGGAGGGGGAAAAAAACUCAUAAAAGUGUUACUUAACAUAAUUUUAAGCAGUAUCCCGUUUCUUCGGAGCCAUUCCGAUUGCUUUGCCCUUUGUUGACUUGUUUAGAAAAAGAACCGCGCGAUGAUAUCGCACCUACCUCAGUCUUCCUUCAUAAACGUAGCAGCUGCUGAUCACAUCUGUGGUGUUACAACGCCUAGCAAACGCCUCCGUGGAAAGCUCUAUUUUGACAUUAUUACACCGACAUUAACCGUUUGUUAGCGAACUGGCGCAGAAAAAGUGAGACUUCUGGACAUGAUCAAGAAAUGUAGAAGUGACACGGCUGUCGGGCGCCAUUUCGGAAUGAAUUCAUCUUAGGUGCGUUACAUUAAAAAGGAGGAAAGUAACAUAAGAGGACGGUCAGAGAAAGCGUGAAAGACGCGCGAGUCACAAUUAACGAUUACUUGCGUUUCCAACCUCAUACGUUGUGCAUUAAAACCCCUGAACUUGGUCGCCAGCCAAUCGCAUUGGCCCGCGCGGCCCCUCUGCGUCGCUUGACGCGCACACGGCAAAAAUUGUUGCUGCGCGUAGAAUGCCGCGGAGAUCAUCUCUCCUGAUGGGUCCGUUUUAGUCACAUGCUGCGAUGAUGUAAUCAGCGUUCCUCCCGGUUCCGCGUAGCACCUACGCGGCCGCCGCCUUGAUGGAUUUUGCAGCAUAAUUAAACGUAUCAUCUGGUCAUCUAGGUCCAUUUGCUCGAGCGGGCUCGGUUCCACGGUCGCCAUUGUUGUUGCUUUGUUCCUUGUUACGGAAAGAAAAGUCAAAACGGCUACCGGGAAUGGCCCAAAAAAUGCAGAGGAAACUCCACUUGGUGGCGUCCUUGCCAAUGCCAGCUGUCGCGACACCCCCGGCCGGCUUGGAGGAGAACUCGGCAGGAUACUUUCAAAAUUCGUGUUUUGACACUCCAGUUGAAAUCCAAUGUCAAACUAAACACACUGUUGAAUGCUCAAAUACAUCAUCGAUUGAGUCUGUCUUUCUUUUUGUUCCGAAAUGUCCGUUGCUGCACCAAAACCAAAUGGUGUUCCCACCAUAUGCUCACAGUAAAAAAAAAAAAGAACUGAAUUGAACUUGAACUGUUAUUUUGCACUUUAAAAGUAUCAUUUGUAUUUAUUUAUUGAGGAUAUUUUUCAUGGUUUUCUAAUUGAUGUUUUUUUUAAUCAUGUAAUUAUUUAAUAAGAGUUUAGAAUUAGAAUAUACUUCUGUUUAUGCAGUGCUUAUGUUGCAAUUUAAAUAUAUUGUUAUUGAUUUUAUUGAAGUUAUUUUGGAGGAUUAGUCACUUGUAGUGCAUUCCGAUCAUUGCUGAUAUCGGGAUCGGCCAUAACCCGAGGCCGCGAUAUCGGUGUCGGAUCGGAAGUGAAAAAGUUGUAUCGGGACAUCCCUACUAAUUUGGGAAAGCUUGGUACCCUUGUCACAUUUGCUUUCAUAAAUUAUUGGUCUGAACAAUUAUUUUGUCUCUCUUCUC